AUGUCUCUCUUCCCUCACAGUUGGCCUCGAACUGACGGUGAUCCAUUUGAUAGUCAGUUGAUGACUGAAGACUACUAUCACGGUAAGUUGUGGUUUUACGAGAGUUUGCUUUCUUAUGUAGACAUGUUUUCUAAGGUAGAUAUUAUUGUCUUUGGUUGGUUUUCAUGCAUAGAAAGAGGUGGUUACUGUAUAAAUUGAAUGAAACUUUGUAUUUUAGGCCUUCUGCCACGUGAAGAUAUAGUGGAGAUGUUGGAAAAGAAUGGCGACUUUUUAGUUCGCAUGAGCAUUCCAGAGCCAGACCAGCCGAGACAGUUCGUUCUAUCUGUCAUGCAUGAUGAAUCUGUCAAGCAGGAAGGUGUAAGUUCAUGUUUUUACUAUAUUUUUAUACUUUUUAAACUAAUAUAUUUUUUAAAAUGUUUAAAGUAUUCAAAGUGUCGUUAUUGUAGAUUAAAACUAAAAUUUUGGUUUUAGAUACGACACUUUUGCAUUCAAGUUUCUGUAGGCGGUUACAUGAUCGAAGAUGGCCCAGCAUUCGACAGUGUGGUUCCUAUGGUCAACCAUUACUUGAGCACCAAAACAUCUAUUACCAAACGAUACUCCUGUCCAUUAAGCACUGCUGUCACUCGACGUCUUUGGCAGCUGAAGCACGAGUUAAUCCAUCCGGAGAAGAAGCUAGGUGAAGGUGCCUUUGGAGAGGUUCAAGCAGGUAAAGCUUUUGUUAGUGGCGAGAUCAUGAAAGUGGCAAUAAAGCUAGCCAAGAUGGGAUCUAUCACAAAGGAACAGAUCAGGGAAUUCAUGAUGGAAGCCAGAGUAAUGAGAGGUAUGAAUCAUCCUUAUGUGGUCAAAUUCUAUGGAGUCGCUGCCUUCCAGGACCCCUUGCUUCUAGUGAUGGAACUUGUCGACGAAGGGUCGCUGGAUAAGAUCUUGAUCAAAAAACAUCUUACUAUGAAGACGAAAACCGAGUUUUGUGUCCAAGCAUCCUGGGGCAUUGAGUAUCUUCACUCAAUCGGAUUAAUGCAUCGAGAUAUCGCUGCUAGAAACUGUCUGGUCAAUGCAGGCAAGUUGAAGAUCAGCGACUUUGGUUUAACAUCAAAGGGAACAGAAGUUUCAAUUGAUCCGAAGAAGAAGGUACCAGUAAGAUGGUGAGUUUUACUAGUGAAUAGUUUUAAAAAGUAAUGGUUUAUUGCAGGAUGGCUCCAGGAGUGAUGGCAACUUUUAAGUACACGCCCAAGUGCGAUGUCUGGGCUUAUGGUAUACUCUGCUGGGAGAUUUUUAGCGACGGACAAAUGCCAUAUAACACGCUACCACCACAAACAGUCGUCGAGCAGGUAUGUUGUUUUGAAAACUUCAUUUUCCAAAAACUAUAUUUUUUUUAAACUUGUUAAAGGUUUUUGAUGCCUUGUUAUCAAUAUUUUUGAUAUAUUUCUUCUAAUUUAACCUUGUAAUUUCAGGUAAGAUCCGGUUACAGAAUGACAUUCCCCGAGAGCACCCCUGCUGCUAUUGGACGUAUUGUACACGAUUAUGUAUGGCAACAUGACGUUCAUCGUCGACUCACAAUGGCCCAGAUCUCUGAAUGGCUGGAAAAGGUAACGGGCAUGCACCGACCAGGAACAGCAGCAACGCCAGAAGACAGGAGGAUCUCAUCUCGUAGCCCAUACACCAGCCCUUCCACGGUUUCAGUGAAUUCAGAUCGGCGAAGAGUAAUGGAUCGUACUCAAGCCGACAAGGAGUCCAAGAAGGACCGACUAUCAAGAAGGUCGUGCAAGUCAUCGAAGAAAGUACCUCAUAAAAAGAAUGGCAAGGGAAGGGCACCCAGAAUUGUGAAGAAAACCCGCACAAAUGAUGAAUGA